AUGUCGAAUAAUAUUAAAUUCAAUUCUAAUAAGGCUACUAAGAAGGACGAUACAUUGUAUACCAAGUUCACAUACGAAAAUUCAACAGUCGAAACUACUGAAGCAGGUGCAUUUAAUGUCACACCAACUGCAGUUGACUAUGAAUUUAAAGUUGACUUGAAAACACCAAAGACCGGGUUAAUGUUGGUUGGUUUAGGUGGUAACAACGGUACUACCUUGGUCGGUUCUGUUUUGGCUAACAAACACAACAUUUCCUUUGAAACCAAGGAAGGUGUUAUUAAGCCAAAUUACUAUGGUUCUGUUACCCAAUCGUCCACUCUUAAAUUAGGUGUAGGCAAGGAAGGUAACGACAUAUAUGCUCCAUUUAAUUCCGUCUUACCAAUGGUUAGUCCAAAUGACUUUGUUGUCGGCGGUUGGGAUAUCAGUAAGCUUAACUUGAGUGAUGCCAUGAAUAGAGCUCAGGUGUUAGAUGUUACAUUACAAAAACAAUUAUCACCAUACAUGGAAAAAACCACACCUUUGCCAUCUAUCUACUAUCCAGAUUUCAUUGCUUUGAACCAAGAAGAUAGAGCCGAUAACGUCUCUAAUGUUGAUUCUAACGGUAAGGUUGACACUAACAACAAAUGGAAGGAUGUCGAAAAAGUCAGAAACGAUAUCAAAGAUUUCAAGGAAAAGAAUGGAUUAGACAAGGUUAUUGUUCUUUGGACCGCUAACACUGAAAGAUUUGCAGAUGUGGUACCAGGUGUCAAUGAUACUGCAGACAAUUUGCUUAAAGCCAUCAAAGAUAAUGAAGCUGAAGUUUCUCCAUCCACUAUUUUUGCUGUUGCUUGUAUUUUGGACAACGUUCCAUACAUCAAUGGUUCUCCUCAAAACACCUUUGUUCCAGGGGCUAUUGAAUUAGCUGAAAAAUAUAACAGUUUCAUUGGUGGUGAUGAUUUCAAGAGUGGUCAAACCAAGGUUAAGUCAGUAUUGGCACAAUACUUGGUUGAUGCCGGUAUUAGACCAAUCUCGAUUGCAUCAUACAAUCAUUUAGGUAACAAUGAUGGAUACAACUUGUCGUCUCCAAAGCAAUUCAGAUCAAAGGAAAUUUCCAAGGCAUCAGUUGUUGAUGAUAUUAUUGAAUCUAACCAAAUCUUGUAUAAUAAGGAAAAGGGUGACAAGAUUGACCAUUGUAUUGUCAUCAAGUACCUUCCAGCUGUUGGUGAUUCCAAGGUUGCCAUGGAUGAAUACUACUCAGAAUUAAUGUUGGGAGGACACAACAAGAUUUCUAUCCACAAUGUUUGUGAAGACUCGUUAUUAGCCACUCCUUUGAUCAUUGACUUGGUAGUUAUGACUGAAUUCUUAUCCAGAGUUAGCUACAAGAAGGCUGACGAGUCAAACUACGAAGACUUCUACGCUGUGUUGACCUUAUUAAGUUACUGGUUAAAAGCACCAUUGGCCAAGCCAGGUUUCAAAGCUAUUAAUGGUUUAAACAAGCAAAGAUUAGCUGUUGAGAACUUAUUGCGUUUGUUAGUAGGGUUACCAAUUAACAACGAAUUGAGAUUCGAAGAAAGGUUAUUAUAG